AUGCUUUCACACAAGAAACAACAAACUCUAGUGUUGAUUUUGGUCCUUUGCUUGUCGGGAACUAUGGCAAUUCUAACUAGGUUCUUUUCUGUGUUACGAUUUGAAUCAAUGAUACACGAGUUUGACCCAUAUUUUAACUACCGGACAACUAAAUUUAUGACAGAAGAAGGAUUUUAUAGUUUUCAUAAUUGGUUCGACGAUAUGGCGUGGUAUCCUCUUGGUCGCAUUAUCGGUGGCACGAUCUACCCUGGGUUAAUGAUGACCGCUACUCUAUUUUAUCGACUUUUUCACCUGGUUCACUUAACAAUUGAUAUCCGCAAUGUAUGUGUGUUUCUCGCCCCCGCAUUUUCCUGUUUCACCGUGUUCGUUACGUUUCUUCUUACUAAAGAGGCGGUGGACUUGCCAUCGGCCCUUGUGGCCUCAGCAAUGAUCUCUAUCGUUCCUGGAUAUACCAGCCGAUCUGUCGCUGGUUCCUAUGAUAAUGAAGGCAUCGCCAUCUUCUGUAUGCUUUUAACAUUCUACUUUUGGGUCAAAUCUGUGAAUACUGGGUCAAUAAUUUCCUCGGUUUUGACUGGAAUCGCUUACUUUUACAUGGUUUCCUCUUGGGGAGGUUAUGUGUUCUUGCUCAACACGAUACCUUUGCAUGUUCUCACUCUCAUGAUAUCUGGUCGCUUUUCUCACCGUAUUUACGUCGCUUACUCCGUCUUUUAUUGUAUUGGCACUCUUCUGUCUAUGCAAAUAAGUUUUGUCGGCUUUCUGCCCAUCCUUUCAAGCGAGCAUAUGGGGGCUCUUGGUGUCUUUGGUUUGUGCCAGAUUGUCGCUUUCGCUAACUACUUACGGACGCGAACAACAGAGGACCGUUUUUAUCAGAUUCUUCGUCUUGGUGCCUCUACCUUGGGUUUAAUUUUUUGCAUUGCUGUGGGAGUUUUGUACUUUUCAGGAAAAAUCGCUCCAUGGACGGGUCGUUUUUAUUCUCUUUUGGAUUUGAGCUACGCCAAAAAUCACCUACCUAUUAUCGCUUCCGUUUCCGAACAUCAACCGACAACAUGGAGCUCUUACUUCUUCGACCUUCACUUUAUGACUAUUUUCUUUCCCGUCGGUUUGUACUACUGCUUCAAAAAGAUGACGGAUGCAAGCAUCUUUGCUAUCAUAUAUGGUAUACUAAGUCUCUACUUUUCUGGCGUAAUGGUACGGUUGAUGCUUGUUUUGGCCCCCAUUAUGUGCAUCCUCUCGGGUGUGGCUGUUUCCAAUAUCCUCCGAACAUUCCUGCCCAACAUGAUCGCUGGCUCAUCGCCCCGUGAUAGCUUCACAGCGGGUGCUAACUUAAGCAGUGCUUUAUCUCAGAAACGUCUUUCAUCGCUUGGCAAGCAGACGAAAAACUCCAUCACAGGGAACUAUCUCGAUCUAACGUAUCCUUUUAAAAGUCAAGUUGCCUCUAUUGUGGUUGCUGCAGUUGUAAUAGUUCUGGCACUCUACAGCCAGCACUGUAUUUGGGUCACCUCGAAUGCCUACUCCUCACCCAGCAUCGUUAUGGCUGCGCAGCGGUCGAACGGUGAAACGGUCCUCUUCGAUGACUAUCGUGAGGCGUACUACUGGCUCCGACAGAAUACUCCUCCUGAUGCCAAAAUAAUGUCGUGGUGGGAUUAUGGCUAUCAGAUAACAGCCAUCGCAAAUCGCACGGUACUGGUGGACAACAACACGUGGAAUAACACUCACAUCGGGCGUGUCGGGCAGGCUAUGGCCUCCAGUGAGGAAGACGCCUACGAAAUUCUUCGUGAGCUAGAUGUGGACUACGUUCUGGUCAUUUUCGGGGGUGCCUCCUCGUACUCCUCUGAUGAUAUCAAUAAGUUUCUGUGGAUGGUUCGCAUUGCGGGAAGCACUGAGAAGGGUCGGCAUGUCAAAGAAAUGGACUACUUCAGCAAGGCUGGAGAGUAUCGCGUUGACAAGGAGGGGUCAUCUACCUUUCUAAACUGCCUUCUCUACAAAAUGUCGUACUAUCGAUUUUGGGAGAAGUACACCUCUCCUAACCAUCCUCCCGGUUAUGACCGCGUUCGAAAUGCUGUAAUUGGGAAUAAGGACUUUGAAUUGGAGACAUUGGAGGAAGCAUUCACCACCGAGAACUGGAUCGUUCGCAUUUUCCGCGUGAAGAAAUUCCUGAAUCGUGGACACGUAUAA